AACAAAAGUAACAAAGAAGCAUAAAGACCAACAGUGCAAAAACAGAGAAAACAAAUGCAACUUAAUUAUUGAAUGUCCAUCGUUGCAUACGAUUGCGAUAAGCCUUCUUUACUACGUCAUGCAUGUAAUCAAGUUAUACACGUAGGACCAAUGAAUUACAGUCAAUACAAUGUCAUUCCGUCUUAAGUCUGGCGUAUGUGUCGUCGUGUUUGCUCAGCUUCAGCUUUAUAUUCACCAUAUUGCAAUUUUCAAUAAAUCUUUUUUUAUUUAAUUAAUUUUUUAUAUUGCCAUGUUAGUUCGACCAUCAAAAUAUUAAGAAAAACAAGGGACAAUUAAAAAAAUUAAUACAAAAUAAAAAACUGCAAAAUUCAAACAAAUUCAAAACUCGCGAUCAUCAGUCUCCCAUGUGUGUCAAUUCCGAAUUUACGUAACAGAGUUCAUAAAAACACAAAAUGCGGGUGCUGCCGAUCAUACUUGUGUCGCUGUCGUGGCUAAUGUGCAGUGCAUAUCGUUUUCUUGGGGUGUUUCCGCAAACAACCAGGAGCCGCUUUGUCAUCCUGGAGACCGUGAUGAAGGGCUUAGCCGAUAAAGGGCAUCAAGUCGACAUAAUCAGUUCGAAUCCACAGAAAAAACCCUAUCCUAACUAUACCGAUAUCGCAAAAUUGCCACUGCCUCAAUUCUUCUUGAACAAUAUGACAUAUGAAUUUCUGCGACAAGCAGCGGGCCCGAAUCCAACAAACAUUAUCGCGACAAAAUUUGGUAAUUAUGUUUGUGAAGCCUGGCUGGGAAAUUCGGUAAUACAAAAACUGGUACGCUAUCCGCCACAGGAUCCACCCUAUGACGCGAUGAUUAUGGAGGUAUUCAGUGCGCAUUGCUUCGCGGCCAUCGCCGAAUUAUUAAAUAUACCUCUGAUCGGAGUCAGCUCGACGUCGAUGUAUCCAUGGCUUAAUGACUUAAUCGCUCAGCCCGAGAACUUGGCCUUCGUGCCGAACAGCUAUGUAAACUUGAGAGUUCCCAUGAACUUUUGGCAGCGUACAUACAAUGUCUUAAAUACCCUCUACUCCAAGUUGUACUUCAACUAUCUCACGCGAUCACAAGACGAUAUAGUGAGAAAAUACCUCGGUCCAAAGUUACCAAGCGUACAUAAGAUGAAUUUGUCGCUGAUCCUCGUCAACUCUCACAUCAUUCUGAAUGGGAUCCAGUCGAUGACACCUGCCGUCGUUCAAGUAGGCGGAAUCCAUAUCCGAGAGGACGAUUCGCCAGUGCCUCACGACUUAAGGAAAUGGAUGGACGAUAGUAAAGAGGGUUUUGUGUUCUUCAGCUUCGGUUCGAUGGUGCUGAUCGAAACGUUUCCGCGCAAAAUUUUAGAUGUCUUUUACACUUCCUUAGGCAAAAUAGCACCGAUACGGGUUUUAAUUAAGGUAUGGAACCCGAAGAAGUUGCCACCUGACUUACCUAAAAAUAUCCACACGUCUGCUUGGAUGCCGCAACUUAAAGUAUUAAAACAUCCAAACAUAAGAGCCUUCAUCACUCACGGUGGGAUUCUGGGCACUCUGGAAGCGAUCUUCUACGGUGUGCCCAUGAUCGGCAUCCCACUAUUCAUCGAUCAGUUUAAGAACAUGGAAGCAUGCGUCACGAGAAACGUCGCUGUGAAACUGGACGUCCAUAAUAUAACUGAGCAAAACAUGGAUGCAGCUUUGAAUGCAAUCUUGCACGAUCCGCGAUACAAGGAGAACAUUAGACAUUUGUCACAGAGAUUUCACGAUCAGCCGCUGAGUCCUGUUGACACCGCAACUUACUGGAUCGAAUAUGUAAUUAAAUACGGCGACGAUGUCUUGCGAUCACCGGCCAUGGAUUUGGCCUGGUGGCAAUUAUCCCUCGUCGACGUGGCUGUGUGUUUUCUGCUUUGCGCGGCAGCCAUUAUUACACUUGCGGUGUUCAUCGUACGUUUUGUGAUGAAGAUGAUAAAUAGAAAUCAGCACAGGUUGUUACAUUCGAAGAAGACUAAUUACCAGUCAUCGAUAUCAAAACUUCGACACCGAAAUUCAAUGAUUCAAAAAACGUGGCCAUCAGUCUUCUAUGUGUGUCAAAUCCGAAUUUACGCAACAGAGUUAAAAACAAACAUGCGGGUGCUGCCGGUGAUACUUGUUUCGUUGUUGUGGUUGCUUUGUAGUGCACAUCGAUUUCUUGUAGUAUUUCCGCCAGUAGGCCAGAGUCACUUUAAAGUACUGCAGAGCCUGUUGAAAGGUUUGGCCGAUAAAGGUCAUCAGAUCGACGUAAUUAGUCCGUAUCCACAGAAAAAACCUUAUCCGAACUACACUGAUAUCGCAAAAUGGGCAACGCGUGAGGCAGAUAUAAAUAUGACAUAUGAAUUAGUGCAAAUACUAGGGGGUUCGAAUUCAGUAAAAAAUAUCGCGACAAUCUUUGGUAACAAUAUGUGUGAAGUCCAUCUGGGAAAUCCGGUAAUACGAAAACUGGUGCGCGAUCCGCCGAAGCAUCUACCCUAUGACGCAAUGAUUAUGGAGGUAUUCGGGGCACACUGCUUUGCAGCCAUCGCCCAUUUGCUAAAUAUACCCCUGAUCGGAGUCAGCACGACAACGCUUUAUCCAUGGCUUAAUGAAUUAAUCGCUCAGCCCGAGAACCUGGCCUUCGUGCCGAAUAAUUGUCUGAAUGUGGAGUUUCCCAUGAACUUGUGGCAACGUACGAACAACGUCUUCUCCUUUCUCUACUGCAAGUUGUACUUCAACUAUCUCUCGAGAUCGCAGGACGAUUUAGUGAGGAAGUAUUUCGGGCCGAACCUGCCGAGCGUGAGGAAUAUGAACCCGGCGCUGAUUCUCAUCAACUCUCACAUCGUUCUGAAUGAGAUUCAACCGAUGACACCUGCCGCCGUCCAAGUAGGCGGAAUCCAUAUCCGAGAGGACGAUUCGCCAGUGCCACACAACUUUAAGAAAUGGAUGGACGAUAGUAAAGACGGUUUUGUAUACUUCACCUUUGGCUCGAUGGUUCUCAUCGAAACGUUUCCGUGCAAAAUUUUAAAUGUCUUUUACGCCUCCUUGGGCAAGGUAGCACCUAUGCGGGUUUUACUGAAGGUACCGAAUCCGGAGAAAUUGCCGCCUGGCUUACCCGAAAAUGUUUACACAUUCUCUUGGAUACCGCAGCUUAAAGUAUUAAAACAUCCAAACAUAAGAGCCUUCAUCACUCACGGCGGGCUUCUGAGCACUCUGGAAGCGAUCGCCUAUGGUGUGCCCAUGAUCGGCAUGCCACUUUACGCCGAUCAGUUUAAAAACGUCGACGCAUCCGUCGCAAGAAAGAUCGCUGUGAAACUAGACGUCCAUAAGAUGACUGAGGAAGACAUGGAUGCAGCUUUGAACGUUAUCUUGCACAAUCCGCGAUACUUGGAGAACAUGAGAAAUCUGUCGCAAAGAUUCCAUGAUCAACCGCUACGCCCUAUUAAUACCGCAAAUUACUGGAUCGAAUACGUAAUUAAAUACGGCGACGAUGUCUUGCGAUCGCCCGCAAUGGAUUUGGCCUGGUGGCAAAUAUACCUCAUCGAUGUGGCUGCAUAUCUUUUGAUUUGCGUGGCAGCCAUUAUUACUCUUGCGAUGUUCAUCGUACGUUUCAUGAUGAAGAUGAUAAAUAGAAAUCAUCACAGAUUGUUACAGUCGAAGAAGACUAAUUACUUAAAUAUUGUAUGUCCAUCGUUGCACAAUUGUGAUAAAACCCUCUUCACGAAAUGCAAAUUACGACGAACAUCUAAAUAUACCAAAAAUAAAAAACUAUUUGGAAAAAUUGACAAAAUACUCGACAGCAGUCCAAUAAAUUCAAAAUUCGAGAUCACAGACUUCCAUGUGUGUCAAAUCCGAAUUAUAUUCCGUUUGUCUAAUUAUCAGUUUGUGUUACCAAUAAAUGGUCUUUUGUUCAAUCACUAUUGGCACGCUUAUUUCCAACAAAACCAAAAGAUGCGGGUGCUGCCAAUGAUACUUGUUUCACUGUUGUGGCUAUUGCUUUGUACUGCACAUCGCUUUCUUGUAGUAGUACCGCCACUAAGCCAGAGCCAUUAUAUUAUGCUGGAGAGCCUGAUGAAGGGUUUGGCCAAUAAAGGUCAUCAGAUCGACGUAAUUAGUCCGUAUCCACAGAAAAAACCUUAUCCGAACUACACUGAUAUUGCAAAAUGGGCAACUGAGGAAUAUGUAAAUAAUGUAACAUAUGAAUUUGUGCAAGUACUAGCGGGCUCGAAUCCGAAAAUUUUUGCGACAUUAUUUGGUAGUAAUAUUUGUGAAGCCCAUCUGGGGAAUCCGGUAAUACAAAAACUGGUGCGCGAUCCGCCAAAGGAUCCACCCUACGAUGCAAUGAUUAUGGAGGUAUUCGGGGCACACUGCUUUGCAGCCAUCGCCCAUUUGCUAAAUAUACCCCUGAUCGGAGUCAGCACGACAACGCUUUAUCCAUGGCUUAAUGAAUUAAUCGCUCAGCCCGAGAACCUGGCCUUCGUGCCGAAUAAUUUUAUGAAUGUGGAAUUUCCUAUGAAUUUGUGGCAACGUACAUACAAUGUCUUCUCCUUUCUCUACUACAAGGCGUACUUCAACUAUCUCUCGAGAUCGCAGGACGAUUUAGUGAGGAAGUAUUUCGGGCCGAACCUGCCGAGCGUGCGGAAAAUAAAGCUGGCGCUAUUGCUCGUCAACUCUCAUAUCACACUUAGUGAAAUUCAACCGAUGACACCUGCUGUCGUCCAAAUAGGCGGAAUUCAUAUCCGAGAGAAUGAUUUACCGUUGCCGCAUGAAUUAAAGAAAUGGAUAGACGAUAGUAAAGACGGUUUUGUGUACUUCACCUUCGGCUCGAUGGUUCUCAUCGAAACGUUUCCACGCAAAAUUUUAAAUGUCUUUUAUACCUCCUUAAGCAAGAUAGCACCUAUGCGGGUUUUACUGAAGGUACCGAAUCCGGAGAAAUUGCCGCCUGGCUUACCCGAAAAUGUUUACACAUUCUCUUGGGUACCGCAACUUAAAGUAUUAAAACAUCCAAACAUAAGAGCCUUCAUCACUCACGGCGGGAUUCUGAGCAUUCUGGAAGCGAUCGCCAAUGGUGUGCCCAUGAUCGGCAUGCCACUUUAUGCCGAUCAGUUUAAAAACGUCGACGCGUCCAUUGCGAGAAACAUCGCUGUAAAACUGGACAUUCAAAAGAUGGCUGAGGAAGACAUGGAUUCAGCAUUGAAUGCAAUCUUGCACGAUCCGCGAUACAUGGAGAACAUUAGAAAUCUAUCGCAGAGAUUUCACGAUCAGCCGCUGAGUCCUGUUGACACCGCGAAUUACUGGAUCGAAUACGUGAUUAAAUACGGCGACGAUGUCUUGCGAUCGCCCGCCAUGGAUUUGGCCUGGUGGCAAAUAUGCCUGAUCGAUGUGGCCGCGUGUCUUUUGCUUUGCAUGGCAGUCAUUAUUAUCGUUGCUGUGUCCAUAAUGCGUUUUAUAGUGAAAAUGAUGAAUAGAAAUCAUCGCAAGCUCUUACAUGCGAAGAAAACUACUUAAUUGUAUUAAUACUUAAUAAUUACUUAAUUGUAUUAAUUCUAAAAAAGUAUUACGAAAAAAAAUAUAUAACACAUAAUGAUUCAAUGGUAGCAGUUAGUUUAAGCUACUGAAUUUCUAUUAGAAAUUAUAUUUUCUAACAGAAAGAGAAAUAGAAAUAUAAUUUCUAGCAGAUAGGGUAUAAUAGUAGUACUUGUCAUAUUUGUUAGUACUGAAACAUUUCAAGGAACAUUAUAGGAGGCAUAGGAUUUUUUAAAAUAGUUUUUAGUAUAGCAGAAUUUACUGCAUUUUUUGCGCGCAAAGUAGCGUGGAAAAUCUACUAAAUAAUAUACUUUUACUUAAAUUACUUAUUCUUAUAAUUUUAACAAUCAUUGAGUCGUAUAAAGUAAAAUAAUAGAAUUCAAGAAAAUAUUCAAAUAUAAUGGUCAUCGUGAAUCAACAAUAACCGCAAUUGUAAUCUUUCAGUAAAAGAAAUUCGCUUCCUUUGUAUUAUCAACGCCAAAAUUAGCAUUUCGCCAUUUUGUCGCAGCACGUUUGUAUCCAGCCGACAAUAUCAAAAAUUUGACUUCGAAAUUCGGAUGAUAACACAGAACAAUGGAAUGUAUGCGGAGCAAAUAGUGUGUAUUGCCAUGUAAUUUAUAAAAAGCUGCAGACGAAAAAUUAUAAUAAAUUUGCUUGUUACAGUGUGACAAAAAAUAUUGCUAAGUGAUGGUGACAAUUACGAUUGCUCCGAUUUAUCGAGGGAGGUAAUUGUUUAAAAUGACAUGAUCUCUGGUUUGGGCUACAUAGACGAUAUUAUGUCGUCUUCUGAUAUCACUUUGCUAUUUGAGUUACAGAAUAGAAGUAAGAUAUACUUACAGAACAAAAAUAAGAUUUAAGAACAGAAGAAAAAAAACAGAAGAAGGCUGUAAAUCCAUAAAAAAUUAUAAAUUAUACAUCCACUCUUAAUUUUGUUUCCCUGAGAUGCUUAUGAUCGGGUUAAGCGUUUUUUGCUGUGAGGCGCAUGUGAAGCGGCGAAAUAUCUUUCUCGCACAUUAGAUUUAUCAUGUUCUAAUAAAUUAUUAUUUGCAC